UAUUCCAGGAAAAGCAGCCCAUGCACCUCUUCAUUUCUAAGUAGCUUCCCACUUUCCCCCAUUUUCUUCUUAUUAGUUUGCCAAUGCAAUCCUUUGUUUUAUUUGCAUACUUAAUAGAGUUUAAUAACUAGCUACCUGCAGUUUGUUGGCUUCCAUUCCUUCCAAUCCGUGGAACAUGGCACAAGGUCUUUGGGAGACCAUGGCACAAGGUGUUUCGGCGGCCAUGUCACGCGUGUUUCAUCCAUUAGUGCCCAAUACAAGCACAGGAUUUGAAUGUCAGUGUAAACCUUUCUUUGAGGCUGUGCAAGCUGGCCGUUGGGAAACUGCAAAGGACUUUUACAUCCAACAUCCUGAGGCAGUAAGAGUAAGACAUCCAUCUUCGGGGAAGACAGCUCUUCACAUUGCAGUUGAAGCUGGGCAUGUGGAUAUUGUGAAAGAAUUGGUGUCGUUGAUGGAAGAGGGCGACUUGGAAAUAAAAUCAACACAGGAUGGUCCGACAGCUCUUGCUAUUGCUGCAAUUAAAGGGAUUACCGAAAUGGCUCAAUGCAUGGUAACAAAGAACGAAAAAUUAAUCGGCAUUCCCGAUUCAAACAACGAACUUCCAAUUGUGUUAGCUUAUUUGCUUGGGCAUUGGCAUAUGGCUCGAUAUCUCUACUCCGUCACUCCACUUGAAGAUUUAAUGCCAGACAAAGGACCUCAUGGCGCUACAAUAAUCUCCAAUUGUUUUACAUCCAAAGAAUUUGGUAAAAGUUUUUAA